AUGCCGGUCAUGAAGGGGUUGCUGGCCCCGCAAAACACCUUCCUGGACACCAUCGCCACCCGCUUCGACGGCACGCACAGUAACUUCCUGCUGGCCAAUGCACAGGGCCCCCGGGGCUUUCCCAUCGUCUACUGCUCCGACGGCUUCUGUGAGCUCACAGGCUACGGCCGCACCGAGGUCAUGCAGAAAACCUGCAGCUGCCGUUUUCUCUAUGGCCCUGAGACCAGCGAACCGGCCCUGCAGAGGCUCCACAAGGCCCUGGAGGGUCACCAGGAGCACCGAACUGAGAUCUGCUUCUACCGCAAAGAUGGCUCAGCAUUCUGGUGCCUCCUGGACAUGAUGCCGAUCAAGAACGAAAUGGGGGAAGUCGUGCUUUUCCUCUUUUCCUUCAAGGACAUCACUCAGAGUGGGGGCCCAAGUCUGGGCCCCCCGGGGCUCCACGGAGACAGUAAUCAUGAAAACUCCCUUGGCAGGAGAGGAGUCAGUUCAAGGCUUCGCUCGGCCAGGAGGCAGAGUCGAACGGUCCUACACCGCCUCACUGGCCACUUUGGACGUCGGGGCCAGGGAGGCAUGAAAACCAACAAUAAUGUCUUUGAACCAAAGCCAUCAGUGCCUGAGUACAAAGUGGCCUCCGUGGGGGGCGCCCGCUGCCUCCUGCUCCACUACAGUGUCCCCAAGGCUGUCUGGGAUGGCCUCAUCCUCCUGGCCACUUUCUACGUCGCCGUCACCGUCCCCUACAAUGUCUGCUUCUCAGGGGACGACGACACGCCAAUCACAUCACGGCACACUCUCGUCAGUGACAUCGCAGUGGAGAUGCUCUUCAUCCUGGAUAUCAUCUUGAACUUCCGCACCACCUACGUGUCCCAGUCUGGCCAGGUGGUCUCGGCACCUCGCUCCAUUGGCCUACACUACCUGGCUACCUGGUUCUUUGUCGACCUAAUUGCUGCUUUGCCUUUCGACCUGCUUUAUGUCUUCAACAUCACAGUGACCUCCCUGGUGCACCUGCUGAAGACGGUGCGAUUACUGCGGCUGCUGCGACUGCUGCAGAAGCUGGAACGGUACUCCCAGUGCAGUGCCGUGGUGCUCACAUUACUCAUGUCCGUCUUUGCACUCCUCGCCCACUGGAUGGCCUGCAUUUGGUACGUCAUCGGGCGCCGAGAAAUGGAGGCCAACGACCCGCUGCUCUGGGACAUCGGCUGGUUGCAUGAGCUGGGCAAGAGACUGGAGGUGCCCUACGUGAACGGCUCUGCCGGCGGCCCAUCCCGGCGCAGCGCCUACAUCGCGGCGCUCUACUUCACCCUGAGCAGCCUCACCAGCGUGGGCUUCGGCAACGUGUGCGCUAACACAGAUGCGGAGAAAAUCUUUUCCAUCUGCACUAUGCUCAUAGGCGCGCUGAUGCAUGCCGUGGUGUUCGGCAAUGUGACGGCCAUCAUCCAGCGCAUGUACUCCCGCCGCUCGCUCUACCACAGCCGCAUGAAGGACCUUAAGGACUUCAUUCGUGUGCACCGCCUGCCAAGGCCGCUCAAACAGCGCAUGCUUGAGUACUUCCAGACCACAUGGGCCGUCAACAGCGGCAUCGACGCCAACGAGUUACUGCGUGACUUCCCAGACGAGCUGAGAGCUGACAUUGCGAUGCACCUGAACCGGGAGAUCCUGCAGCUGCCGCUGUUCGGAGCGGCGAGCAGGGGCUGCCUGCGGGCCCUCUCACUGCACGUCAAGGCCUCCUUCUGCGCUCCGGGCGAGUACCUGCUACGCAAGGGGGACGCGCUGCAGGCGCACUACUAUGUCUGCUCCGGCUCGCUCGAGGUGCUCCGAGAUAACAUGGUGCUGGCCAUUCUGGGCAAGGGGGACCUGAUUGGGGCAGAUAUGCCUGAGCCAGGUCAGGAGCCUGCAUCAGGGGCCACUUCCAACUGCGUGCUGAAGACCAGCGCGGAUGUCAAGGCACUGACCUACUGUGGCCUGCAACAGCUGAGCGGCCGUGGGCUGGCCGAGGUCCUCAAGCUCUAUCCAGAGUAUGCAGCUGCCUUUCGGGCUGGCCUGCUCCGGGACCUCACCUUCAACCUGCGCCAGGGCUCAGACCCCAAUGGUCUCAGUCGCUUUUCUCGAUCCCCUCGACUCUCACAGCCUCGUUCCGAAAGCCUUGGCUCCUGCUCUGACAAGACACUGCCUUCCAUCACAGAGACUGAAGUGGGGGCAGAGGCAGGGGGUGUUCCCAAGCCCCGCCGGCCCCUCCUGCUGCCCAACCUCAGCCCAGCACGGCCUCGGGGCUCCCUGGUCAGCCUUUUGGGCGAUGAGCUGCCCCCCUUCUCUGCCCUUGUCUCCUCGCCUUCCCUGUCUCCCUCCCUUUCUCCUGCCCGGGCUGGCCGGGGCCACAGCCCCUCCCCUCAGGGUCCCCCCAGGGGCUCUGCUGCCUGGAAGCCCCCCCAACUUCUCAUUCCCCCACUGGGAACCUUCGGACCUCUGGACCUCAGUCCCCGGAUAGUGGAUGGCAUUGAGGACUCCGGCAGCACUGCAGAGGCAUCCACCUUCCGUUUCAGCAGGAGGCCUGAGCACCCUCGACCCCGCCGCCAAGAUCCUCCUUCAGGAGUCAGACCAGGCCCAGAACUGGCCAGUGAGGCUGAGGAGGUGAAGGACAAGGUGUGCCAGCUGAAUCAAGAGAUCUCCCGUCUCAACCAUGAGGUGUCUCAGCUGAGCCGCGAGCUACGCCAUAUGAUGGACCUACUGCAGGCCCGGCUGGGCCCUCCCACCCAGCCAGCAGCCUCAGUCUGGCCCCCACAUCUGACCUGCUCCCAGCUGAGGCCUCCAGGCAUCCCUCCCUUUGGUUCCAGACCAGGGCCUGGCCCCCAGGACACCACUCUCGCUGAGGUCCACUGCCCUGCUGGUGUGGGGCCAGCAGCAGUGGCGGCUGCCCCUACGGACCCAAGACCCUCCACGCUGUCCCCUUACCCCUCUGAACCUGAUCCACUGGCACCCUCCCCGGAGCCAGAGGCCUCUCCUUCCACCCCAAGUCUCAUGAGGCACAGUUUCCGGUCCAGAUCCGACACGUUCCACUGACCCCGGCUCCGGGCCCAGG